AUUCAAUUUCUGCUUGUACUGUUGAAGUGUUGGUCAUCAGCUGAGCUGCAACUGUGCCUUCCUCUGGCCAUAAACCCUGCUGAUUUUGGAUGCUAACCUGUGGAUUGAUCCUGCCUCGACCUCAGACUUCUUCCAUCACCAAACAGUUGCUGAUGGACUGGGUGUUUGGCUGCCAUCCUCAGGCUUGUCCUGCUUGCUGUGCUUGGUUGCUGUGAGGCUGCACUCUGACAGCGAGGCGCCUGCCUUGCCAGCUGCAUUGUGCUUGGCUCCCAGCUCCCUGUCUUUCAGAUAGCAAAUGAUUCUUGCUGUAUUUCUACAGUAACUGUGUACUUGCCAAUAAGAUUGAUGUAGAAUGUUACAAGUUUAUUUUAAAGAAGAGCUGUCAACAAAUAAUAAUAAAAAAAUUGCAAUCAAAAUCGAUAAUACAAAACAUCAGGAUGCUUUAGGUGACUAUGUUUAAUGUAGAGGAGGUAAUUGCUUUUGUUGACUUGAGUGAAGGCUUACAUUUGACUUCUCUCUUCAUCUGGCCAAGAUAUCCUUAAGUCAAAUUCAUGCAUGGAAGGUAGAAAAAAGAAAAGGCUGAGGAAUCUGGAGCAGAAGCAGCAGACAUGGAUGGAACAAGCACUCCUAGGGUGGCGUGCAACACUGAAUACAGCCGGGAGCCUAUGGCAAACCUAUGUGAGGUGACAGACAACAAGGAGUGGCAGCGCUUAAAUAGGAGGUGUGAGCAGCUUCAGAAAAUGGCCUCCUCAGCUGGACCUGGUGAUGGCCAUUCGGGCAACAUUUGCCUCGGUUUGUAAUGAAAAGCUACCGAAGGAUUGAAACAGAAGUCAAGAAUUAGAAAAAGGCUCAUGAGAACUUCACAGAAAGGCAGGAAAUUUGUGGUGAAACACAGGAAGUCAGCAGUCUUUUUUUAGUUGACACCGAGGUUGGAGGAGAUGCUGCUGGAGCUGCUGAGGUCAGGGAAGCUCUUCCUCGCAGAGCACAGGCGGGCACCUCGCAGGUCCCCAGAACCAGGAGGCACAGGUGGUUUUCAUUGUGUCAAUGGCCUUCACUCCUUGGUAAGGAGGAGGAAAGGCCUUUUCAGGACUCGAUGUACAAAUCUUUGCUGUAAACUUCAGUGGAAUUCUGGAAGUUGAUGGACUUUAAGCAGUCCCUGCUGCUCCCUCAGCUUCCCUACAGAGGUAUUAAUUUCUAAGUCCAUCCCCAGAAAGACCAGGAGAUGCUGUGUGAUUAGGACAGCUUAAUUGCUCCUAUCUUUCAGCUUCAGUACUGUCAUAUCUAGGUUUGCAGGAGCCCAGAGGCAGGGCUCAGCAAAUACCAUUGGUGCUUCAGGGGGAGUCCUAGUGGCUGUGGGCUGCAGAUUGCUUGCAGAAAACAAGAUGUGCUAACAGCCUUCAAAAGCAUGGAAGCUGCUGCAUAGAAGAAGGUACAAAGUGAGGAAGGAAAUGUUCUUCCUUAUCAAGAAUGAAUGUUUCAGGAAUAGACUAGACAAAAGCUUUUAAGUAAAACAGCCAUAAAAUGGGACUUGGCAAAAUCAUUUCUCUGCUGCUAGGCAAUCUAAUUUACUUUUAUUUGAUUUUUCUGGGACCAGGUGUAGCUGAAGUCACAAUUGCUGUUGUCUGUGGGGGCCUUUAUCAAGAGAACUGAAGUCUGAAGGUACAGAUACGGUCAUCUUAAGUCUCCACUGCAGCAUUCUUGAGUUUUUUUGUUGUAUGUUUGUUGUAGUUUGUAUUUUUUGCUUUGAGAUGAAGGACUUUGGAAACCCAAUUUACCAGAGCGGUUGGAUGUAGCAAUUUCCUUACAGCUUUCAGCAGUGGGCAGCAGUGACACUAACAGGUGAUACCAGUUUUAGUCAGACGUUGAUCUUCUGUAUGCAGGAAAUUUUAAGUCUUCUUUUUUAAGUGAAUCAGGAGGAAACCACAUUUAAAGUGCCUUUGCCCAUCAAAUGGAAAUUCUUCAUCUACAUCAGCUCUGUUCUCACUUUAGAAAGUCAAAAGCCUUUAUCUUCAAAGAAAAUCACGCUCUAGGCAGGACAGCUUUAAUCACUGAUAAAUGAGGGCUAAUUCCUCACGUGUAGGGGAUGUUUGGUUGCCCCUUGCUCUGCGCUCACAAGGAGUUAAGCAGCUGCUUGCUGAGGUUCUGCCUGCCCUGCAGAUCUGUCAUUCUUGCUGCUCAAGAAAAAGGACACGACGGUGCGUGUUCCACUCCUUGCCACUCCUGACCCAUUUUCCCACUGGCUGUGCUUGCUGGGGAUGUGACAUCCGAGCUCACUGCUGGCGCAGCCGUUGUAAAGCUUUGUUCUGCAAAGCCCUUCUCGUACCGUGGAGCUCAGAUUAAUUUUCUACAACCAGCUUUGUUCGGGGAGAGAUGGAAGCGCUAAGAAUACAAAUCUGUUGACUCCUCCCAUCCGUUUGCCAGCAUAAGCGUUCCAUCUCCUUUUGCAUGUAGCCGUUUGCUGCGUUUCUGAGGUUUUGAUGUAUCUCGCAGCAAUGCCGAUCUGCCUCCAAGCAGUUCUGAUGGAGCUGUCGGUAUUUCCGCUGGUCGGGGCUUUCGGGACCGCUACCACGCGGGUCGCCAUUCAGAGGCAAUUUCACAGACCAAAGGCGAAAAUACCGAUCACUGCGGAAUAAAGUUUCUCCCUUUUCCUCUUUCCUCCGGUGCUCAGAGGGGGGAAGGGACCUGCGCACACCGCCGAGCAGCCUCGCCCGAUGUAAGAAGGAGCCGGAGGGCUGGCCAGGAUGGGGAGAGGAGGAGGAGGGAUGCUAAAAAUACCGCCCUAUGCCGGGCAGCGCGCGGUGCCGGUGCGGGCCGGGUGCGCAGCGUGCGCGCCGCAGUGCGCGGCGGGAGCGGCCGCGCCGCAGGGAUGCUCGCCCCGCUGCUGGGCUCCGCGGGCUCCGGCUGCCUGCUGCUGGAAAUCACCGUGUCGCUCGUGGAGAAGAUGCAAGCUCAGGAAAUCCUGCGGAGCCUGCGGCUCCCCGAGUUCGAUGACCUCAGCCAGUUCUUCCGCAACCUGCCUGCCUCCGCGCUGGUGGGCAUCGGUGCCUUCGCCGCCGUCGUCGCCUACUGGUUUGCCAGUCGGCCCAAGGCUGUGAAGCCGCCCUGUGAUCUGCGCCUGCAGUCGGAGGAGGUCGAGGGCCUGGAUGGGGCACGCCGCUCGGUGAUUGGGGACAGCCCACAGCUGUUGACCCAUUACUACGACGAUGCCAGGACCAUGUAUGAGGUCUUCCGGAGGGGGUUCAGCAUCUCUGAGAACGGCCCCUGCCUGGGCUUCAGGAAGCCCAAGCAGCCCUACCAGUGGCUGUCAUACAAAGAGGUGGCUGAAAGAGCAGAAGCUCUGGGCUCGGGGCUGCUGCAGCAGGGCUGCAAGCCAUCCACAGAGCAGUUCAUUGGGGUCUUUGCCCAAAACCGCCCAGAGUGGAUCAUUUCUGAGCUGGCCUGCUACACCUACUCCAUGGUGGUGGUGCCUCUCUAUGACACCCUGGGUCCUGGAGCCAUCCGGUACAUCGUCAACACAGCGGACAUUUCCACAGUCAUUUGUGACAAGCCUGACAAAGCCAGGACGCUGUUGGACCACGUGGAGAAGAAGGAAACACCAGGGCUGAGCUCCAUCAUCCUGAUGGACCCCUUUGAGAAGGAGCUGAUGGAGAGGGGAAGGCGCUGCGGGGUCCGCAUCCAGAGCAUGCAGGAGGUGGAGGACUGUGGCCGGGAGAACCGACACGCGCCUGUGCCUCCCCGGCCAGAAGAUCUCUCAAUUGUCUGUUUCACCAGUGGCACUACAGGAAACCCCAAAGGUGCUAUGCUGACACAUGGGAACGUGGUGGCUGACUUUUCAGGCUUUUUGAAAGUGACAGAGAAAGUGAUCUUUCCGAGACAGGACGAUGUGCUCAUCUCCUUCCUGCCUCUGGCUCACAUGUUUGAGAGAGUGAUCCAGAGUCAGUGGUCUCCUACUUGUGAGGAUGUUCACAUUUCCUAUUUGCCUUUAGCACACAUGUUUGAGCGAAUGGUACAGUCUGUAGUGUAUUGCCACGGAGGGCGAAUUGGCUUCUUCCAAGGCGACAUCCGCCUGCUGUCUGAUGACAUGAAGGCGCUGCGUCCCACCAUCUUCCCUGUUGUGCCGCGCCUGCUGAACAGGAUGUACGACAAGAUCUUCAGCCAGGCAGACACCUCCCUGAAGCGCUGGGUGCUGGAGUUCGCCGCCAGGCGGAAAAAGGCUGAGGUUCGAAACGGCAUCAUCAGAAAUGACAGCCUGUGGGACAGGCUCUUCUUUAACAAAAUACAGGCGAGCCUCGGUGGGUGCGUCCGCAUGAUCGUGACGGGUGCUGCCCCAGCCUCUCCAACUGUCCUGGGCUUCCUGCGGGCAGCCCUGGGUUGCCAGGUGUACGAGGGGUAUGGGCAGACGGAGUGCACGGCGGGCUGCACCUUCACCACCCCGGGGGACUGGACCUCAGGUCAUGUGGGAGCCCCUUUGCCCUGCAAUUUAAUCAGGCUGAAGGACGUGGAGGAGCUGAAUUACUUUGCUUCUAAAGGAGAAGGAGAGAUAUGCGUGAAAGGACCAAAUGUUUUUAAGGGUUAUUUGAAAGAUGAGGAGAGGACGAGUGAAGCACUGGACCAGGAGGGCUGGCUGCACACCGGAGACAUUGGGAAGUGGCUACCUAAUGGGACACUCAAAAUCAUCGAUCGGAAAAAGCAUAUAUUUAAGCUUGCUCAGGGAGAAUACAUUGCACCAGAGAAGAUAGAGAACAUCUACAUCCGCAGUGACCCCGUGGCCCAGAUCUACGUCCAUGGAGACAGCCUGCAGGCCUUCCUGGUGGGAAUCGUGGUGCCGGAUGCCGAAGUGAUGCCAGGCUGGGCAAAGAAGAGAGGGUUUGAUGGAACGUAUGAGGAGCUGUGUAGAAAUAAGGAACUGCAGAAAGCAAUAAUGGAAGACAUGGUACGGUUAGGGAAGGAGAGCGGGCUUCAUUCCUUUGAGCAGGUCAAAGCCAUUUACAUCCACUCCGACAUGUUCUCAGUACAGAACGGUUUGUUGACGCCGACAUUAAAGGCUAAGAGACCAGAACUGAGAGAUUACUUCAAAAAACAGAUACAAGAGCUAUAUUCCAGCAUCUCCAUCUGAAACCACGGGAAGAACCUUCCGAGUAACGGACUUUGUAGCAAUAUUAGGAUAAUGCUCAAAACUACAGAGCCAGAAUGACACAGCUGAAGCGGAUGAGCAUCUGAAUCUUGCGUCUGAGCCUUUUCUUGUUUUAGGAUUUCACCACUAACCACCAUUUCCCUUUUCCUUCUGUUUUUCAUCGGGUUUGAUAUCAGUUUUAUUCUAUGGACACAGCAGGGCACCAUCAAGAAUUAUGCUAAAUUGCCACAAAAUAUACAGCAAUUUCAAUCCAUGACCGAGGAAAUUAUGGAAACUUAUUAAUGACUAUGAGCAUUUCAAGACUAAACUGGGGAAAGUUUCAGAUAUGUCUGUUGAUAUUUGAUUGUAAAUAACCUACACGUCAGAGACUGAAAUUGUGGAUAAAUCAGUACUGUGGUCUACCUCAAGCUAUCGGCGACUGAUGGUGAAAGCCUGUGUUCUGUGGUCUGUAACUCUGAGCUGGAUAUCGGUUUGUAUAUUAAGUGAUAGUUUUUAUGUUUUCCAGGAUGUAAAUUCCAUCAGUUUGACUUAAUCACUAACAACCUAACAGCCAGAAUCGAAACAAGAACAAAUCUGGUACUUGUGCUCAGCAGGCCUCUCAGUGUGUGACACCUAAUGGACAACCGCUGCUUGGGAUCCCGACAACGUGUUGGCAGUGCUGCAGGGCAGGAGCCCCCAGCCCCCUCCAGCUGAGCCCAGCACCUCCUGCACGGCCAUUUCAGGCAGCCCAGAGCCCCAGGGAUGCUGCAGCACAGCAAAGCAAGGCCUGCAUGAGAGUCACCUGUGUCUGGUCCUUGGUUUAUUACUUUGCAGCCUGGUUGGGCUGGUUCCAUUUUGGAGCAUGUGGUGUGAGCAGAGCUGGGCAACGUGGGUCUUGUCUGGAGAACAGCUGGCCUGGGAUGCAGCCAUGCUGGAGAAGAGGAGGAAAUGUUGCUCCAUGUGGCCAUGAGGACAAUUCUGGCCCCAAAAUGUUGGAGGGAAAUGCAUUGGAUGUGGGUGCUAGGAAAGCACUUCCACGUGCAGAUGCUUGGAUCCACUUAUCACCUGCAUUGACCUCUCUGCAAUAAGCAGCAAGUUUUGCAAGGAAAUACGGGAUCCAUGAGGAGCCAUUGGAAGGGGCCUGGAUUGGAGGCUGGAGAGCAAACUGCCAACAAAAGCACAGUGCAAAGCAGUGAGAAGUCAUGAGAUCAGGGAGUGUGAGCACUGGGACCGCUAAACCUGGCCCUACAUCCAUCUCUGUGCAUUACCAGCUGCUGUGUGCUGCACCAGCACCAUGGGGCUCUGUCUGCUAGACCUCUCUUGCUAGGGCAGCAAAAGCACACGUUUUUCACCAGAGGGUGGUGAGGCACUGGCACAGGUUGCCCAAGGAGGCUGUGGAUGCCCCAUCCCUGCAGGCAUUCAAGGCCAGGCUGGAUGUGGCUCUGGGCAGCCUGGGCUGCUGGUUGGUGACCUGCACACAGCAGGGGGUUGGAGCUGGAUAAGCAUCGCGGUCCUUUUCAACCCAGGCCAUUCUAUGAUUCUCCCUUAGACUGGAAGCCACUGUAGACUCUUGAAACUAAAAGAUAAAUUAUUAAUCCAACGUCUCUCUCAUUUCCCCUCUGAAAUCCCACUGCACGCUUUAAAAAUUAAAUAAAUUGAAUUAAUGGGUUAGUUUUACACAUAGGCUGAUUUAUGGCAGUAAUUUCAGAACAAAGAGAAAGGAAAUUGUUAGCAUAAUCACUCACGCACAGAACGAGGCGAUUUGAUCUAUCAAACGUGGGAGGGUUGGUCUGAAUCCCAUCUGUGCCUGAUUCUUCAUCAGAUUCCAACCUAAUGAUUCAUAUCGGUUGAAAGCAAGUAAGACAAAUCGCUGCUGUGACCUGACGGCGUUGGACCUUCAUUUCUCAUCACUGUACACAGCAAGAGAGCCCCUGGGGAGUCUGAGCGUGGGGUGUGCAGUACCAGAGGCAGUCUGGCUCUUUAGGGCAGGUCAUGCAGGAGUCUCAUCCUGGAGGAGUGCAGCUCAUCCCAUCUGUGGAGCCCAAAAGCAGUCAUCACAUACAGAUGCUUCAGCACAACGAAGGACCUGGCACCAUUUCCUCUCCUCUUUUUUGAAUAACAGCAAAUAUCUGUCAUCUAAGUAAGUACAGGAAAGCUAUUUUCUCCUGACCUGUUUCUACCGCAUGAACUGUAGGAUGAUGCAAAAUCUGGGGAAAAAUCUGGGGGAAAUUCAACCCUGAAGUGUGAAUAUUUUCAGAACUUGCGACAAGCUGUAGGAAUAAACCAACAGCUGCCUCUGUUACUUUCUCAUGCCAUCAGAUAUUGCCCCGCAGAUGACUCUCCAUAAGCAUACCAAAUAUUAUGAGAUUAAAAGUUGCCGUGAGUACAUGAGGAAGGCAUGAGCCAGGCAGAAACGCUUCUCCCCGCCUUGCAGCAGUGUUUGUUUUGCUUUGAGCUCUCUCCAAUCGCUGCACUUCUUGCGAGCAGCAGGGAAAAACCCUGGGGUUGUCCACUAAAUCAGUUUGUUCUUCUCUCACGAUAACCAAUGUCAACACUCAUUUCUAAUGCUUUCUUACUGAAAGAGUUGGGACUCAUUGCUAUUGCAUAGAUGGCAAUGCAUGCUAUGCUUCUCUGUAAACAGCGCUGUUCUUGAUGGCUUAAAGAUGACUGUAUGUAAGUACUCAGUGUCCUUGGGGCAUUAACUCUGCAACCGAGUAAAUGUGACAAGAGAAGCCCUCUGAAAUUGGCACAGCUCUGCUGCUGCUGCAGGUGGGAUCUGUGCAAAAACAUGCUUGCUUUGAGGAACCAUGUGUGACCAGGUAGUUUUACAGCCCCUUCCCCAAAGGCUAUGCGUGCUGCAGCCUGAUCUGUUGUGUUCUUCUAUGUAUCCAAAACCGGAGGUUCUUCCUGGGCCUGGUGCUAUGCCUGUCGGAUCGCUGGAACGCUGCCUCCGGUGAUCACAGAUGGAAGUCAGAAUAAAAUACUUCUUCCAGGAAGAGCAAAUUGCUUAGUUAUAUAUUUUGUAUGUCCUUUGCUCAAUAUAUUGCACAGAAAAGACACACUAAAGUGUGAGCAGGAACCGUGAGACAGUCUCAAUGCCAGGCUGGCAGGAGAUGUGCAGAACAGGCACGCCUGCAGGCUGACACGGCUCACACAGCCCAGGUGAGAGCUGUAGGGGAUGGAUGAAGUCCUGUCCUGCAAUCUGUCACCACUGUUACUACGGAUAUAUCAGCAUCAGCAAAAUCCAGGGUCAUUUCUGCCACGGUUACGAAUCCUUGCACAGAACAGAACGAUCCGACUUUUCCAAUCUCCCGGGACAAAACAAGUUAAAGGAUUUGUUAUUUUCCACGCGUCAGAAGCACAAACUGAUGAUCUAUCUGUAAAUACAUCGCUACAAGAUGAAUGUAUACUGGGAAAGAAUAUACUAUUUUUGCAUGGUGGCUGAUAACUUAAAGACCUCUCGAUGCCUUACGCACACUUCAGCAAAGCGUUUUAUUUACAGGCAAUUCUCUCUGCGUAGUUCUUGUUCCUUUAUCUCACUUUGAUCCCGUCUGUGGAAAAAACACACACCAGAAUUGGAUCUUUGGUUGUUCUUGGAAUUCACUUUCUUCAGUACCUGGCACGUUCCAUGGUUUCCACGCCACAUUUUCUCCCAUUAAAUGGUGAGACUGAGCCUAUUCGUUAUGGGGGAGAAAUCCAUAUUCCUGGAUAACUGGAGAGAAACAGCUUCAGAUGUAUGGAAUUGUUGCAAAAUAAAACAUUUUGAGGCACCCAGAGUCCUUUUAAGCCCUUCAUUUCAGUUUUGUUAUGUAUUUUAGCAAAGUACAAGCAGCAAACGAGCGAUGCGUUCUGUGAGUGCUGCCUAUUCUGGAAGUGAAGGGAUGAGGAUGUAACAUAAACAUCUGUGUAAGAAAACACACUGAUUUUUUCCACGUUGGUACUUGGGUGUGUACGUCAAAAAGUCAUCUGUGGAAACUUUUGUAAAGAAUUAAAUGGUCCUGUUUCUCAAAUCUCAUGGGCUGGCAUACAAUAAAGGCUCUUUGUAAGA